AUUUCCCUCCUUCCUCACGGCUUCCUCCCUCCCUCCCUCCCCGCCAUCUCCACGACUCUUAAACCCCCUCGUCACCACGAGCUCUCCGGCAAAGCCAAGUCAGAGCCGCCCAGAUGGAAGUACUGGCCCGCCCUGCCUCGCCGCCGCCGGUGUACGACUUCCGGUUCGACAGCGCGGCGGCGAGCCCGUACGCGACGGCGCCGUCCAGCCCGCGCGGGCGCCUCGCCACGGCCACGGCCGCAAGCCCGUUCUUGACGGCGCCGCCGUCGCCGGACCCGUUCGACGCCCUCAUGGCGCAGCAGCCGGAGACGCCGCGCCUCACCCUCGCCAACCCGUUCGAUCUCUUCCAGCACUUCAGCAGCGCGCCGGCCAGCCCCAGGCGCGCCGCGGCCAUAUACGCGCACUUCGCCGAGGGGAACAGCGGUGGCCGCGAUGGCGGCGAGGAGGAGGAGGACGACGACGACGAUGACGAGGGGUUCCAGCCGCGGGCGUCGUACUCCGCGAACGCCUCGGCCGUGCCGUUUGAUUGGGAGGAGAGGCCCGGGACACCCAAGGCCGGGCUCGGCAGCGGCGCGGCGUGGGAUACGGACUUCGAAUUCGGCACGGUCGUCGACAAGGCCGCGCCGGAGGAGAAGCUGACGACGGCCGACGAGCUCUUCGAGAAGGGCAAAAUCCGUCCGCUGAAGCCGCUGCCGAAGACGGCCGACGAGCUCUUCGACAAGGGGAAGGUCCGACCGCUGAAGCCGCCGCCUGGGCUGCUCGACGGCGGGAGCGUCGCGUCGUCGCCGCGGUCGCCGAUGGCAAGAGGCGGCAUGCGGUCGCCCCGGCGACGGAGCAGGGUCGGCUCCGGCGUGGACUUCGACCCGUUCGCCGCCGCUCUUCUGGAGGCGACCAAGGCGCCGUCGCCGUCGCCGUCGCCGCUCGGCGGCAAAGAAGCCAACGGCUCACCGCCCAAGAAAGCCGAUCCUUUCGCCACCCGUCCGGCCUCCAAGAGCGCCGGGUGGAGGAAGUGGCGGCUCAGCGACUUCCUCCUGUUCCGGAGCUCGUCGGAACACGGCCGCGUCGUGAACAAGGACCCGAUCUUCAAGAGCUCGCCGGUGAAGCAGCCCGACUCGCCGGUGAAGAAGGCCAGCGCACACCCAACGACGACGGGCAAAACCAACGGCAAAGCCGACACCUUUAGCAAGCCCAGGAAGCACGCCGGCGACAAGAACGCCGCGGCGGCGGCGGAGGGCAUCCUCGGGUCCGUCAGGCUGAGCCCGCUGCAGCGGCUGGCGAGAGGGCUCAGAGGAAGCUCGUGGUACCACGGCCAUGGCAUGGCGAAGCUGGGGGCCAAAGGGUGAAGAAAAAUCCAUGGCGAUAGCUUCGUUGUUCUCACUGUUUCAUACAAACAGAGCACAAGAGGUGAUGGAUUUUCAAUUUUUUUUCUCCCUUCUUUUUUUUAUCUUGGAAAUAAUUUUCAUUCUUCUUUUUUUUUUCUCCUGAAACUUAUUUGAAACCAUGUACAAUGUACCGAACAUUUUUGUUCUUGGUGUUGGUUUCCAUCUCUUUGUCGAGUUUGACUGUAUUAUCAUACACAUCCUUUAUGUGAUUUUUUUCUAGACAUUAGUUUAUAUGGCUAUACAUAGUAUGGAGUAGAAGGCUAUAUAAAAUGACAAAUUGUUAAUUACUUGGCUAAUCAGCUAAUGUGCGGUUGAUCAUUGUCGUGGUCCAGCAUAUCUUACAUUUGUUCUAAAGUAAGAUUGUGAACACUCACAAAUGCUUAAACUAUUGGAAUACAGUGUGCCUAUUCACCAGGAAAAGAAAAAAAAACGCUACAGAAACUUCUGCAGAAGAGGAUGAUUCCGGGUAGAAGGAAUUUGUUUUCUAAUUAACUAUUUUCCAUUAUUAAAUACUAUAUUAUAUUUGUCGCCCUUGGAAUGCGAUCA